GCGGGUCGCAACGCAGGCCGGGCUGCUUGUCCAGAGAAGCGGAUCGUACCAAGUUGCGCCCUCCGGAUGCUGCGGACCGCGUCACUCUCGCCGCCUCGCGCGAGACGCCGCUGAUCGGCCAGCUUUCAAGAGCGGCCCGCCGUCAGUGCUGUUGCCGUUGGCGUCGGUGCAUCUCGCUCGGUCUACUCUUCUUGGUGUUUAUACCCGUUCUGUGAGGACAGGACCCGGCUGUGAUGAGACUCGCGUACGGUACCACGAUGACAACGACUCGCCGACAACGACCGGUGGUCUUUUCUGAGGAUUGACAGUUGGCUGCCCCCCGCGAAGGAAGAAGAACGGUGCGCUGUGUGUAACGGAGGAGCCCCGGGAGCGCCAGCCUCACCGGGAAGGUCUGGGCGGUGGGAGGCCCCCGUAGCGCGCGGCCGCCAUGCUUCGAAGCGGGGCGGCGGACGACGGGUCCGCUGAGCCCCUGCAGCCGCCGGCGCGCAACGGGGACCUGCUCAGGGCGUACCAGGAGGACGCGGACGCGGCCGCGGCAUUCGAGAUGCCGUCGGCGCCGCUGCCCCCGCCACCGCCGCUGCCGCUGCCGCCUCCCAUGAACGAGGGCACCGAGCCGGACUCGAGCCUUCUGCAGCAGCACGGCAACGGAAGCCUGCCAGAGCUACGCGCACCCUUCGCCGUACCCGACGACGACUCGCUCGGACAGCCACGCAAGGGCUCGGCCGACUCUUCGCAGAGUUCCGUCAAGUGCAGGAGGCGAACAAAGUCUAUGACGUGCAACAUGGUGAGCGCACUGUACGGCAAGAUAGCGGUUGUCGUCACGACAGUCCUGGUGUUGACGGAAGUUAUGGACAACUCCGUGCCUCUUCUACGCUUUCAUGGAUACCUGUACGCAUACCUGCUGGGCGGAUCGGUGGUCUGCCUGCUGGGUGUCUACGUGAGCACCAUGGUAGACCGGUGUCCAGCGCUCACUGGCCAGCCUUCACGUUCUGGGACCGACCCUGAGCUAGCGCUGCGUCGAGGUCGCGUCAUGACGCCCUGCUCUGACGUCAGCAUUUAUCUCCGGAUAGGAGUCGUCGUGUUCGGUCUGGGGACCCUUCUGUCGUGCGGCCUGGAGAUCGCCACGAUAUUCACGCUGACGAAGCCGUGCACCGACCCUGUGAACCUGGCCAUGCCUGUGCUCCACGCGCUGUUCACCUUUCUGCAGAUGCACUUCGUCUUCAUGAACGCACAGAGCGUGGCCCGGUCUCUGGGCUGCAUGCGCCACCUGGUGCUGGUCCACCUGGUGGUCACCAAUGUCGCCGUGUGGCUCAAGCUGCUCCUGUGGGAGACCGCCAGCGAGUGGCUCCGACAGAGUCACGUUGUCCAGGCUGGCGAGGGCAUCUGGCCGCCAAAGGGAUUCAACUUCACCACGCACGUCAUAGACGACCAGGGAGAACACAAAGCGUUCUUCACGUCGGAUUGUCUGUGGCGACCCGUGGACCACCUGCCCAUGGAGCGCAUGCUCACUCUACAACGCUGCCUGCACAACACGACGGUUGGCGCCAUAUGGCAGAAAGCAUCGCCCUUUCUGUCACCCUUCAUCGUCCAGUACAGCGUCGUGGCUGCCGUGGUUGUCUACACUAUCUGGGACAACUAUUCGUACUGCACCAGGGGCAAGAACUACAAUAGUCGCCGGUCCUCUCCCACCGCCGACCGCAUCGAAGCUGCCGUAUCCUCCUCUACCGACCGUGUCGUGGACUGCCAAGGUUCCAGCAAGGGCCUCUUCCUGGGCCUACUCGUUCUCGUGGCCGGCAUCAUCGUCCUCAUUCUAUUUUUCGUGCUGAGCAACGAGAACAUGGAGAUCGAGACGCUGUCGGCAGUCACUACGCUCCACUGCGCCGUCCAAGGUCUUUCGGCUAUGGCAACGGCCAUCGGGCUCUGCACUGUCGGCGGCGCUUACCACAAGCGUGGCAGGACGACCCAGCUCAACUCAAUCCUUCAGGGCAUCGGCCUUCUGGCGCUUUACACGUACGGCGUGUUCGGUGUCGUCGCUGGCGCCUCGAAAAUCUUCGAAGGAUCCGAACACCUGCUCCUCCUCAUGGACGGUGCCUUCAUGGUCCUGUUCGCGAGCCUGCAGUCGCUGUUUGUCCAGCGGCUCGCCAUGCGUUGCCUGCCCAAGAAGAACAACAAGUCCGGCCUGCAAGUCGUCACGUUUCUCAUGUUCAGUAACCUGGUGCUCUGGCUACUGGAGACGUUCACGAACCAGAACCACAUAUCGAGUCAGCAACAGCUGGCCAUGUACGGGGCCGUGUCGUGGGGCAUCAUUUCUAGGGUGGCCUUGCCUCUGGUCAUCUUCUAUAGGUUCCACUCGUGCGUCUUUCUCCUGGAGGCUUGGCAGCUGCCCAUCACCUUGAGCAGAGAGUGACCCCCUUCGGCUGCGACAACUUUGAUGGACCUAUGCGUUCCUUUAACCGUGCACUCGCAAAAGUGGCUCGAUAAUAGGGCCCUAUGAGUGACAUUAAGCGGUUUCGAAAGGAACAGUGUUUUGAGUGAGACAGUGAUGGCCGCCGCUAUCCAGAGCAACCUGUAUCAGUGACUGUCACAGCAGAAACUGUCUUGUCAUCACCGCCUUUCAUUCACGUGUUAUGUGCAAACGCUGAAGGACUUGCGAAGCUAUUGUUUUCUGGCCUUAGUUCGACAAAAAGGAAUGUUGCAGUUUUGAAAGUUAGAACCUACGUGCUCCAAGUGCAAAAACUAAAAUCUUUCGCCGCUAAAAUUCCCCACAAUGACAUUAAUAAUGACAAUGUUAACACUGAUUGUUUGUGUACGUGAUAGUUGCUGUGAUGAAAUGUGUAAGCGUGGUCAUAAG